CUGAAUAUGCUAGCGUAUCUACCGCGGUGCGUUUAAGUGUGUUGCCAGAGUAAUGAUUGGUUCGUUUUUCGAUGAUUCCUCAAUAAAAAACGAACUUAACAAUGAUUUUUCUACCAACUGCUACUCCACUGUUGAUCUGCAGUCUGAUUUCCCACUCGAUAAUGUGGAAAUAUAUCCGGAAAUGCCUAAUAAUGAUUCUUAUGGUGCUCUAUUUUUGAUGGACUCUGCGGAUCUUUUAGAUGUACGUGAGGAAGUUAUUGGUGAAGAACAUUUCUCAUCAAAUCUUGAUCAGCUACCAUACAUAGAAGGACUUCCAAAAAGGUUUGGACUAUUCUCUACCAAGAGUUCACGAUUCAGUACUAACCAUAAAGACAAAGGUAAUAAGGAACUCGAUGUUUUCCAUGGUAAGAAUUCUUUUUCCGACGAACAGAAGCAUAAUAAGUGUUCGUGGAAUGAUGGAUCUGAAGAGAUAACUGAUAAAGCUUAUUUAUGUAACGCCGAUAGUCCAUUAUCGAUUUCUAAUGACAUCGGAGUAACUUCAUCAGAUAGUAUAGAUGAAGUGUUUGACAAAGAUCAUGUGACCAGUCACGAUAUAAUUGAUGGUGAUGAUGUUUCUUUGGAGAGACUUUCCGAUCUUCAUAUUCCAUUACCAUUAUUUCACACUGAAUCUAAUUAUUCAGAUUCUUCACAAAUAAAUCCAUCCAAUUCAGAAGUGGAUGCAUGCGGUUUGUUUUCGUCAGAUAACUGUGCUACGAAUCAGUCCGAUGAUUACGUCCAAAUAAAACAUCUUAUAUCGCCUGAUUCAUCUAAUUCAAACUCAAAUGAGUCUACGACUAAAAUCCCUACCAUAGUACCUGUAUCGUCAUUAUCUUCUGCGAAAAAAACUGAACUAAUACGACUGCCAUCUCAUGCUAACCAUCUAACCACUACAGUUAACCCGAGCUAUCCAUCUAGGCCAAUAUCAGCUUGUCUUUCUUUGAAGUCAAAAUAUCGCCGUUGUGGACAAAUAACACUGAAAUCAGGUGCAUCCAUCCUUCGUACAAAAAGUUCAUUUAAUGAAUUAAAGCCAUGUUUUAAACCAACAUUCACUUCUACACGUAUUGCUCAUUGCGGGUUUCUAGCUGCUCCUCGUUUUCCUGGAUCAAUGAAAGAAUCAGCAGUUAGUCCAACGUGGCUUCCGAAAGUUGCAUUCGUUAACUCUAAUACACCACUCACUCUUAGAAAACCAGCUAUUGUGAUUGCCUCAUCAUAUCCCAAUUCUAGAUCAGAUGCUACAUAUCUGAAGAGCGAAGGAAUAAAUUUUAUGACACAUUCUUCUGUUAUGCAAUCAACGGAUUUACAAUCUUCACUUUUAUACAGUCAAAAUGGAUUUUAUAUUUCCACAAUGCGUCAUAAUUCAUUAGGAGGCAAUAAUCCCGGUGAUUUAGCAUCACUUGUAACCGCUACAAUCCCAUCUGAUUUCACAUCAAAUCGUACUGUAUUCUGCCCUCAUCUUGGUUGUGGGAAAACAUUUCGAGAUACAGCUGCAAUGCGUAAACAUUUACAUACCCAUGGUCCACGCGUUCAUAUCUGUGCAGAAUGUGGUAAAGCGUUUGUUGAAUCAAGCAAAUUGAAACGUCAUCAACUUGUUCAUACUGGGGAAAAGCCUUACCAAUGUGCAUUUGAUGGUUGUGGUAAACGUUUUUCUUUGGAUUUCAAUCUACGUACUCAUUUACGUAUUCAUACUGGAGAUCGACCGUAUCCGUGUCCACAACCUGGUUGCAGUAAACGUUUUGCUCAGUCGACAAAUUUAAAGUCACAUCUAGCAACACACAGUAAAAUUCGAGCUACUCAUCAAUCAAGUUUUAUGAAUAGACAUCAUUUAAAUUCCACUGUGAAUGGUGGUGGUGUUGGUUCAGUUCUGUUUCGCCCUGCUGCUGCUGCUGCUCAUCCUAAUCAUACACAUGAUCAACAUAUUCCAAAUUCAUUAAAUGGUUCUAUUUUACAAUCUCCAAUGAAUUUUUCCACUAUAAUUCCCAUAGGAUCUAAAGAUAUAAACGUUCGUAAUCGAUAUGUCAAUAGAUUCAAGUCAAAUUUAAGUUCUUUAUUUCAAGAGGUUCAUUUAGAUAACUCUCGAUUACAUACUUCAUCACUACUGAAUAUUAAUAAUACCUUGUCUAUCCCUACAUCAAGUCCAGAUCAGUGCGAACCAACAGAUAUCAGCCCAUUAUCUCCAUUGGAUCUAACUUCUUCCUCGACAGAAUCCAACAGUUCCACAUUGUCAUCUCAAAGUGCCACAAAUCACAUAAAGCAUAACAUUUCAUCUUCUAGUUCGGUUAUUUCAAAAGCACAACAACUAUUCACUAAUGCAAUCGAAAGUCAAUUAAAUGAGUUCACUAAUCCCACUACUACCAGUGAUGCUGUACAAUUGUUUGAAAAUCAUUCUUUAGAAUCUUCCAUAAAUUUAGACCAUGAGAAAAUUGAUCUCAGUGUUGGGGUUACACAACCUAUGAUUAAUAAAACUGAUGAAGACUUUUCUAAUAAUUCACAUGUGAAUAUUGAUAACAUCUAUUACCAGCCAUCUUUUAUCAAAUCUGAAUCGGAUAUUAUUAUUAAUAAUUCAAUCCCACCAAUUCAAAAUUGUAAAACAUCAACAAGACGCUCAAGAAAAUGUUUAAGUAUAACUAAACGAUCUGAAUCGCCUAAUUUUGAAGAUUUUCUAAAAACUCAAGAUGAUAUAAAUUUUACUGAAGAUGAUGCUUUAAGCAAGCAUCAUUUUUACCUUGAUAAUGGUAAUGAUCAUUUAUCGUUUAACAAUAAAACAACAUUGAAGUCAUCAUAUCGGCGUCGUCGUCGACGACAUUGUAAAUCAAAAUCAGACAGUAAUAAAUAUAUAUGUAAAACAUCAUCACAUUCUAAUAGUAAUAUGCUCAUUACAUCAUCACAUUAUGGUACUCGUUCGAAAUCUCGUGAAUCCUUUGAUAAAUUAUUACCUAAUAAUCAACGUGGUCGUCGUCGUUAUACAUUAAAAACAUGUGCCAAACGCCGUUUUCGUCCGUAAAACAUAGGUUUGUUUUGAUGGACGGAUUCUACCUCUUAUUCUCUCAUCAUCACCAAAAACAAACACAGGCACCAACAUAUAUAUAUAUAUAUAUAUAAUGUUUCUCUGAUCUGUAUCUCUAUAUUCAUCAUUGUUCAUAUUUAGUCAUUCUUUCAUCAUUACCUUCAUCGUGAUGCAUAUAUUUCUCAAAAUAUUGAUAGUUCCGCGAUUACAUCGCUCAAAUUAUUAUCAAAACUAUUGAUUUAUUCUACUCAUACACAUAUAUAUGUUUUGCGGAAUGUUUCUUUCGUAUUUUCUUUUUCUCAUUCUAGAAUGUCUUUUAUUUAAAAUUAUUUCCAUGACAUUUACACGCAAAGUAAAAUCUGCAAUAUCAACAUAUGUAAACAGAUCAUCAAUUUUUUUUCUGAGAAAAUUACCAUUCCUGUUCAUUUUAUCUUCAUGCCGGUAAUGUGUGUGAGUUUUUUCUCCUAAUUAUCUUUUUUUUUCUAAACCAUCACACUCUACUGGGAUCUCUAAAGGCGGCAAAUAGAUUCACUAUAUAUAUAUAUAUAAGUGAAUUCACUAUAUAUGCGUAUUAAUAACUUAUGUAUGUUGUUUGCAUUUAUUCAGUUACAUAAUCUGUGCAAUACUCAAUUCAUGGAUGCAUUUCGUCUUGACAACAACUACUAUUAUUACUAAUUGGCAGAAUUAUACAAUGUGCAAUAUUUAAAAAAAAAACAUGACAAAAGUGAUUGUUUAACAUAGAUCAGCUGACUUUUCUUUUUUUUUAUUAAAAAAAUUAUCUUAUCAAUUGGUUAAUUGUUCUAUCCCUCCCCGCCCCCCCACACACACACACUAACUCCCUUAAAUAUUCAUGUGCAAUCAUACCUAAUAUUAAAUUUUGUUGUUGUUGCUUUUUUCUCUUUCUCUUUUUAUGUUUCAUUAAUGUAAAAUCAAACGUCUUGUCUAAUUCCUAGUCAAUCUUUCACUUAUAUAUACAUUCUAUACUUUUUAUGAAUGGAUUCAAUCAAAUUUAUAUUUUCUUUUUGUUUUAAUUCUAUUCCUCUUUUUUUUUAUAAAAAAAAACGUAUACUCUAUUCAUUAUCUCUAUAAAUGAUCCAAAUUUUUUUUUUAAAAAAAAAAGAAAGUACAUUUAUUUCAUUUCAAUAUAUAGUAAAAUGGUAUAACUAGUGAAUGUUUUUCUUUUCUUUUUGUUGACGGGGUUACAUCUUCUAAUUCUUAGAAUAAUCAAUAUUGUAAUUUAUUCUUGUAAUCAAUAUAUUACAAGUUAUUGUAGUUCAUGAUGUGUUUUCUUUUUCUUUUCUUUUUAAUUGCUAUCGUAGUAUUUCUUACAUCAGUGUAUGUGUGUGUAUUGAUGAUGUGUAAUGAAUUUCUUUUAGUCUUUCCUUAUUUCCCCCUCCCCUUCCAUUUCUUUUGCGUUUGUGUGUUUAUAUACGUAGACUCUUACGUGAUGGUGUGUGUAUACCUCAUCGUAUUCAUAUGUUUAUUUGUUUGUAUGUCUAUCCUACUUACUCGUCUAUUAUAUCUGGCAUUUAUACCUUGGUUUUUCAUUUAUGUUUAUUUACUGUUCUACCGUUGUUUUGUUUGUUUGUUUGUGUGUUUCUCAUCUCAAAAAUAUUUUUCUUCAUUAUUAUCGAUCUUGUGUUGUCCAAGUAAAGAAAAAAAAUCACGAUUUUUUUCCUAUUUCUUUUUUCUUUGCCUCUAAAAUUUCUUUUCUUCUGUGGAAUUAUAUCCUGGUUCUUUAUUUUUUUUCCUUUUUGGUCUGAAUGUUGUUGUGUUUUUUUGUGAUUAUAAAUAUUAAAAGUAUGAUAUUGUAUGUAUGUAUGUGUGUGUGUAUGUAAUUCAAAAUAACUCUCUAUAUGUCUGUCUAUCUAUCUCUCUAUGUGUGUUUAUGAAGUUCUAUGUAUCCAUGCCUCAAUGCAUGGACUUGUAUUUGGUUACUAUACUCAAUAUUCUUAUUAUUACUAAAUGAUAAUAUUAAAUUAUCUUCAGGUUUUAUUUAUUUUUUUUGUUCAACUAUUAUUUAUCUUAUCCCAAUUAUCUGUAUUGAUUAAUAAUGAUAAUAAUAUGAACUUUAAAUUC